GUAUUGUAGAAAGGCACUUCUUUCCUACUCGGCCUCCUCCAGAUAUCGAGCCAUUAAAGCCUCGGCACAGUAAGCCACCGGGCUUUCGGCGUCCCGUAAGGCCCGUCGGGGAGAGCUGGUCCUCCGUCAGCGCAGAGGUAUCUCCAGACUCAAGCUGUGGACCGACACGGGCGAGAUGGACGGGCAGUAACCAGGACAUCCACCUCAUAGGUACACGUUGAUUUCGUAAUGACAAGCUGCUGGGCGGAAGAUGUCCACGCUGUCUGUGACUGAUAUCCCAGAUGUUGGUCAUGAUGAGAGUAAGGUGUUUGACGGGGCCUCUGAGCUGCAGCUGGACUGCUUGGCUGAGGAGAGAAGUGGAAACGCCACAAUGAAGCCCGACGGCCUGCUGUCACUGACCGACCUCUCCCAGCCGGCCGACUUCCCCGUCCCCCCCCACAACGGCCCGCCGCUCACCGAGAUCAGCAGCACGUUGCCGGUGGAGCCAAACGACAUCAAGCUGGACCCGUCUGCAGCCGACGCGUCCGGCAGCGUAGAUGGCCAGCCAGUGAAGAGAAAAAAGGGUCCGGCCCCGAAGAUGCUGGGCAACGAGGUGUGCAGCGUGUGCGGCGACAAGGCUUCUGGCUUCCACUACAACGUGCUGAGCUGCGAGGGCUGCAAGGGAUUCUUCCGCCGCAGCGUCAUCAAAAGCGCCCAGUACUCCUGCAAGAACAACGGCCGCUGCGAAAUGGACAUGUACAUGCGCCGCAAGUGCCAGCAGUGCCGGCUGCGCAAGUGUCGGGAGGCAGGCAUGCUGGAGCAAUGUGUGCUUUCUGAGGAGCAGAUCCGACUAAAAAAGUUGAAAAAGCAGCAGGAGGAGGAAACGGCGCGCACGUCCACAGUGGUCACGCCGACCCCUCCGCAGGAAGUAGCCAUGCUCGACCCACAGCAGCAGGAGAUGAUUGAGAAGCUGGUGGCCAUGCAGAAACAAUGCAACAAGAGGUCCUUCCUUGACCGGCCUAAAGUUACGCCGUGGCCACAGAGUCAAGACUUGCAGAACCGAGAAGUGCGACAGCAGCGGUUCGCCCACUUCACCGAGCUCGCAAUAAUGUCAGUUCAGGAGAUCGUGGAUUUUGCUAAGCAGCUUCCGGGUUUCCUUGAGUUGACGAGGGAAGACCAGAUCGCUCUACUGAAAACGUCUACCAUUGAGAUUAUGCUGCUAGAAACAUCGCGCCGAUACAACCCUGCCAUUGAAAGCAUUACUUUUCUGAAGGACUUCAGCUACAAUAAGGAUGAUUUUGCCAAAGCAGGGCUUCAGUUUGAGUUCAUUAACCCCAUCUUCGAGUUUUCAAAAGGAAUGAACGACCUACACCUUGAUGAGGCCGAAUACGCGCUGCUCAUUGCUAUCAACAUCUUUUCAGCAGAUCGGCCGAAUGUGCAGGAUCACGAUCUGGUGGAGAGGCUGCAGCAGCCCUACGUGGACGCGCUGCGCUCUUACAUCAUGAUAAAGAGACCAAAUGAUCACCUGAUGUUCCCGCGUAUGCUGAUGAAGCUGGUGAGCCUUCGCACAUUGAGCAGUGUCCACUCGGAGCAGGUGUUCGCCCUCCGCCUCCAGGACAAGAAGCUUCCGCCGCUGCUAUCUGAAAUCUGGGAUGUCAACGAGUGAGCGUGGUCCUGGAGUCGCACUCCGUGGCUUUAUGGACCCUGAGAGAGAGACGCGGCUCCUAUGAAAAGAUCGCCAACUCCUUUUCUUCUGUUGUGGUCAGGGACUGGUUAUUGCCUUGAGAUUUUUCGUUUUUGCCCUAAGGGAGGAGAGCGCCGUGGCCCUUUGCUCCCUAACAGACUGUUAAGUGGCUUUGUGUGCAGUACAGGAACAUGGACACAAAGGUUUUAUUCUCUUCACUGUAGAUGCUCACAUGAUGGUGGUUAAAUUUAGGCAUCAAGGGUUUUCAGACAGUUUUCGUUGAUUUAGUCUUUGCUGAAGGUUAUGUCGGUCUCUUGCGUGGUUCUGUACCUUUCUGCUACUAAUUAAAAUCAGGAAGCACUGAGCAGGUCUUGGCUGUUACUGUCUUAAAAAUUGCGAUGUCUCAUUAAGUGGAAAAAGCGAUUUCUACAGUUGUGCAAUAGAUGGAAAUGGAGGCAGGGACAUUGUUCUGCCUAAACUUCACCCUGAUUCAUGUAUGGCAACAGCUAGUUUGCGUUUCCUUCCGAGCAAGUUCAGGAGUCAGAAAGUUGGGGUCAUUGCUCAGGUAAAGUGAUGUGAAGUAGACCUCUGAGAAGCGGAGGCUUCUUUAAUUUUAAGUAUAUUAUUCUUUUUCUUUCUCACGGCACAGUGGGACCUUUUUGUCCAGCGAUAAAUGGCCAUUUAACUUCAUUGAAGUUGUAUUUGAAACGUAUCUAUAAAGAUUUACAAUCACGUACUGACGCACAACACCCUAAAUUCCUGCAAGCGUUGUGAUUGAAGCCCUCAUGUUGUUCUAAUCGAUGCAUUAAAUCAGUGGUCUCCAACCUUUUUUUGCUGUCAGUUUAAUGCGUUAAUGUCAGACGAUAUUUUCACGUACCGGCCUUUUAAGGUGUGCCGUACAAAUGCAACAAAAAAAAAUUUAACAGCCGACAUAAAAACAUUUAUUUUCUACACAUAAUAAAAAAAAAUUAAUAUUAACAGAUAUAAAGUAGCUUAAAAAUACAACUCAUCAUAAUGCAGAAUCAGAGGCAUGAGCUUGUUUUGUUGAAAGCGGUCCCAUUUAGUAAUAAUAAGACAAUGAACCAGAAGUGUGUUGCUUUUGUCAAGUCUGCUCCGUAAUUUGACUUCAAGAAGCCUUACGUACUUCUAAGCCCGCCAACAUUGCUAGAAGUUCACUGGAAACAUGCGUCCUGACAUUCAUCAAGAGUGGGUCAUAGACGGAUGUUACUAAUUUGAAUUUUUCUGAAUAAAACAUUGUAUAAAUAAAAAGGAAAUAAUGUAAGUUGUUGUUUCGGUUCAGACCCCACGGACCAGUACUGGACCGAGGGCCGGAGGUUGGGGACCACUGAUUUAAAAUACUGUUUCUGAAGUUUAAUAAGUGGGUUAAAAAUUACGUUUUUGAAUAAACUGGGCUUCAGUGUGACUCAGAAAGUUGCUGAAUGAGAAUCUGACUGUUAUUCAAUGUUGCCUGUGUGUAAAAUGUGCUAAUUUUUUUUUUUCCUUAUUUGUAAUUUUGAACUGAUUGAUUGGAAAAUGUUGUGACUGAUUUAAAAAUGAUAAUAUACCUGAAACAGAGAAUGUAGUUAACCUGAUGUUAAGGUCUAUUACCUAAGCGUUCUUUAGCUUGAAACCAGCAGCCAUGCCGGGUCAGAUUCUGAAAACCUUCACUAACAAGCUACCAGCAUUCAGCAAAGACCACACAGCGUAAGCUGUAUUGAACUUAACUACUGGAAUCCAGAUGUUUAGGCUGCUUUCUAUGAAUUCUCUGGCAGCGUGAACUUGAAACGUUGGUUAAUUAACAGCAUGAGUGUAAAACUGGUUUUGUUUGUUUUUCAGGAUCUGGGUUAGUUCCUGUUUUCACCUUUUCCUUGUUGCGUUGCUAAUUUGAAAGCCACUUGAGUGAAAUCCCAAACCUACUGUCUAUCCGUGAACUGACUUUUUUUUCCGGCGUACAAACAAAACCAGACGUGGCCAGGACGAGCGUAGAAAUAAAACCGCGAGUCGGUUUGGUUCUGGGUAUCUUCUGACCACAUGUUGGUUCAAAACCUUUUGCUUUCUUCCUCAAAAUUUGACUCUGCAUACUUUUGUCAUCGUUUUACAACUUUUAUAAUUCUUUGAGAAUUAGAUUUCGCUAAAAGAGGCCGGUUGUUGAGAGUGCAUACAGGAUUGUUUUUGGUUUUAAACAUUUUCUUUUUUUUGUUCCUUUUGCAAUGAAAACGUGAGGUUUGUUCUUAGCUUUUGGGAUUGACGCCUACAGCCAAACACUAACUUCUGGGUAAGGGUGACAUCCACGGUGGCCCAAAUCAAAUAUCCAACCCACUGACUGAGGGAAGAGGAUGAAACUGAAACUCUCAUGCCUCAGUGUGCUGUGGCGCAUUCAACUCGAAACGAUCUGUGCGUGUGUGUGUGUGUUAAUGUUGUAGCUAUCAACGUAAAUUUUACUGUAUAUACUGUAAUUGUAACAUCUGAUCUAAUUUCUGUCUUCGAAGGGUGACUCUGUAAACAUUGAUAUAUAGAAAUGCAAAACUAUUUUAAUACUUGUAACUUCUAAAGACCCCCCCCCGUUUUGUAUGUACAGUAUAAAUUAAAGCUCUGCUGUAGUGCUAACGGGUA